AUGGGAUGUAAAAUUAGCAAAAAUAAUCAAUCUAACGGAGUAAAUUCAGCAAGUGAUAAUUUAUCUAAAGAGAAUACUUCUAAAUUCGUAGAUGGUAGAAAAUAUCAACAAGCUGAUAGAUUAGAUUUGCAACAUUACAUACAAAAAAAUAUUUGGCAAAAUAACUUUUUCGCUCCAGUUGGGCAUCUUCCUGAACAAGAAGGUACAAAGGUUCUUGACGUAGGGACAGGCGCAGGUUCUUGGUUAUUCGAAAUGGCAGCUGAUUAUCCGAAAGCAAAAUUUAUUGGAAUUGACAUUUCACUAAUUGACUCAUUUCAAACUAAACCUAGUAAUGCUGAGAUUAUUAAAGGAAACGUAUUAGAACGUUUACCAUUUGAUGACAAUACGUAUGAUUAUGUAUUUCAACGAAUAUUGUAUGUUGGAAUUCCUGAAAAUAAAUGGCCAUCUGUGAUUAAUGAGCUUAUCCGUGUGCUAAAACCUGAUGGUUAUUUAGAGUUGUUAGAACCUGACUUUAAACCUAAUAAUAUGGGACCUGCAACUACAAAGAUUACUGAUGCUAAUAAUUCAUUUGAACGUGGCUUGGACUCAAAUAUAUGUUACAAAUUGCAAAAUUAUUUGGAAGAAAAUAAACAACUUUAUGAUGUUCACUGUGAGAUAAAAAAAGAACUUGAUGCAGAAAAUGAAGAAGAAUUGCGUAAAUUGUCAUCUGAAAAUUUCACUACUGCCGUGAUGACUUUAAAACCUAAACUUGCAAGUAUAAUGAAUGGAAUAUGA